CCCGUCCACCCGGCGUCUGGGACCAGCGAGAGGCAGAGGCAGCGCCUGGGCGGCACGGAGCGCGACUGCGGCAUCAUGGCAGACUACUGGAAGUCACAACCAAAGAAAUUCUGUGAUUACUGCAAGUGCUGGAUAGCGGACAACAGACCAAGUGUAGAAUUUCAUGAAAGAGGAAAGACUCAUAAGGAAAAUGUGGCCAAAAGAAUCAGUGAGAUUAAACAGAAAAGCCUGGACAAGGCAAAGGAAGAAGAAAAGGCAUCAAAGGAGUUUGCUGCAAUGGAGGCAGCUGCCCUGAAAGCAUACCAAGAGGAUUUGAAAAGGCUUGGCUUAGAGUCAGAUAUUCCAGAACCAGCUAUAACACCAGUAGCCAGCACCACCCCACCUGCUUCUGCAUCAAAUCAGCAGAAAGAAAAGAAGAAAAAGAAAAAAGACCCUUCAAAGGGCAGAUGGGUAGAAGGCAUAACUUCUGAGGGUUACCAUUACUAUUAUGAUCUUAUCACGGGAGCAUCUCAGUGGGAAAAACCUGAAGGAUUUCAAGGAAACUUAAAAAAGAUAGCGAAGUCCGUUUGGGUAGAAGGUUUAAGUGAAGAUGGUUAUACAUAUUACUAUAAUACAGAAACGGGGGAAUCUAAAUGGGAGAAGCCUGAUGAUUUUAUUCCACACCCUGGCAAUCUGCUUUCUAGUAAGAGCAAUGAAAAGGCAGUUGGAAUCCAAGAAGAAUCUAAACCAUUAGAUUCACAUAGUGAUUCGGAUGAAGAACAGAAAGUAGAAGGAGAUGUUGCUACCAAAACACAAAAGCUGAUUAUAAAAUUUAAGGAAAAAAACAAAAAUAGUAAUGAAGGAAUUAAAUCAGAACCACCAAAAGAAAAAAUUGUACAAGAAAAGGAUUCAUCAGGUCCAAAGGAAGAAAAGCCCAAAAUGGUUAAGAAAUCAAAUCCCUAUGGGGAAUGGCAAGAAAUUAAACAAGAAGUAGAGUCACCAGAGGAAGUUGAUUUGGAACUUCCAAGCACCGAUGAGUAUCUGUCAACUUCAGUACCUGGUGGUGGUGGAGAAUGCAGAGUGGUAUUUAAAGAAAAGACUGUCACAUCUCUUGGAGGGGUAGCAGAUGGACUGGCCCCGGUCUUCAAAAAGAGAAGAAUUGAAAACGGAAAAUGUAGAAAUUUAAGACAACGAGGUGAUGAUCAGUAAUUCUAAGACAGAUUUUUGGACAAAAUAGAGACUAUAUCAUAAGCCCCUUUGUGAUUGUUUCUAAGUGCUUUGAAGCAAAAAAUUUAGAUUUAUUCUAAAUUGUACUUGAUGUGAAUGAUAAUAAAUUUUUUUCAUGUGAAAUGUAUUUUUGUUCCUCAAAUGGAAGUCUACCACAUUGUAUUGUAAUACAGUGUAUUAUAGUCAGUGUCUAAAAAUUGCUAAUUAUGUCAUAACUUAAGAUGCUAUGUAUCUGUUAUUUAAAAUAUGGAAAAGAUAAGCAUUUAUUUCAUUCUUAUUCAUAUGAACAUGUUUAUUCUGUCCUGGGUAACAUGUCUUCUCUUUACACACAGCUAAUAACUGUUAUCCAAGGAAUAGAUACCAAACUGCUACAUAAGACUGAAAACCCUGUAAUGAUUUUUUUUUGAGGAUCCUAUCAGAAGACUGAUGCAGAGAAAAUGUACAUACUGCCGUGCUAGUGAGCCUAUUCUAACUCUUAGGAACCUCAUGCGACAGAAUAGAACUGCUCCUCUGGGGCUUCUAGGCUCUUAUGGGGAAAGGGGUGGCCAAGAAUGCCUGAUCUUUCCUCCCCUGGAGCUACUGGCCAACCUUCCAUUUAGCACACAAGCGCUUAGCCAUUCUGCCACAGGCUCCUUGUGCAUUGCCACAUCAUGUUCGAUUUAAGGUCUAGACCCAAGAACAAGGACAGCAGCUCAGAUACUUAAUAUGUAGUUCUUAAUGUGGAAUGAAACUUGACCAAAGAUAAAAAUGUAUAUAAAAUACCCCAUUUCGGGGGAAAAGAACAACCGUUGCUUAAGCAUUUUACUUUGAGCCGGGAACUGGAGAUAGAAAGAUGAAUGAGAUCUAUCUCUGGUCUUCAGGAUUUCACAUUUAGCCUAGUCUCCUUUCUCGGUACCACUCUGGUACUCUAUUUAGCAGACUUAAAUGUAUGGGAUUUUUUUUCCAAUAUUUUAUUUUUAGGUGAAACUUUUACACCUACUAUUAAGUAGGUUCCUACUUAAUAAAUUUACAUAAACUGUUUCAUGAUUUUAUCAGAAUGUUCUCAAUAUAUCAGCAAUCUUGUUAUUUCCUGCCUGCUUGUGGGUAAGAAUUGACCACUUGGUCUCAUACAGCAAUUGUUUAAAAGACACAUAACUCAUAGUGAUAUUGUCUAUUUUAUAAUUCAGUCUUGUUUGGCUGAAAUGAGACCUCCAGGAAUUGGGCAUUUUGGGUUUUAAGGUCUAUUUAAAACUAUGUAAAUAGUCUUGAACAAAAAUACUCUCCCCUUCAUUCCGUUAGAAAAAAGAAAGAAAAUGGUGUUCCCUUGACAAACUGAGUUCCAUGAUGCUAGUUCCUAUUUUCUGGUCAAAGUGGAAUUUUCUUUAAUUCAUUUAAAGUACAAUAUCCCUUUGUUGUUCCUUUAAAUUCUCAAAUUUUUAAAUUAUAUUUUUAAUGAAUUGUACAGUAUUUAACUUUUGGCAGUAACUAUUUGUCUUUUUAAGACUACUAAUGUACUUGUAAGAAAAUGAUAGCUUAGUAAAAACUUCGUAAAAGUAAAUUAAGUAUUGUGGUUUUUGUUUUUUUUUCUUUAGGUGAGAUGAUAUUUGCAGAUAUGUAUUUAUAUUUGUUGGAUUUUCUUCAUGCAUUUUGUGAAUGUAAAACAUGGAGAUGUACAUUAGAAUUCCUUUAGUCAUCUAGCUAAGCAAUACAUUUUGGUCAUUGUUUGAAACUUAAAACUAUCUCCUUAAAAAAAAAAAAAGAUCUUAAUGUAUGAAAUAACAUUCUCAAAAGUCGCAGUGUAAAUCUGAAUCUGGUUUUAAGGAUUGCU